AUGGACGGACGCAUAAAGUUAUGUGACUUUGGUUUGGCUAAAGAGGUCGAUAGUAUUGACUGGUAUCGAGCAUCAAAAACAAAACACACUACAGAUGUCGGGAAUAUAUCAUAUCAGGCACCGGAAGCCCAGACUAAUGAAUACAAUCAUUUGAUAGAUAUCUACAGUGUAUCCCUAAUUGGUUCACAAAUAUUUGGUUUCGAUUCCUACGAUAUUAUGGAUGGAAAUAUCGCAAAAACGGUUCAACAGAUUGGAGACAAAGACUCGAAUGAAAGGGAGAUAAUCUUUUAA